AUGCCUUUGUGGUGGGGGAAGUCGCCUAAAGACGUGAAAAAGAAAUUGAAUGUGGAGAAUAUAAUCUCCUCAGUGCACAGGAAAUGCAUUCGGCCCGGGAUUUUUCGAAGACAGCGUAGUGAUUCUACUUGUCAAAAGGAAUUUCAAACCAGGGCAGAUCCCCUUUCUUUAUUGCCGUCCAAACAAGUGUUGUGCAGUCAUAGUUCUUGUCAAAAGGCCCAGCCACUUCCCCUUCCUGGUACUCAUGUUGCUAACAGUAAUGAUCAUUCACUUCAUGGGGGUCCCAGAAACUCACCCUCCCCUUGUCUCUUAAUAUCUGGACACGUAAAAUGUAAGGCAUGUGCUGUGGUUGAUGAAAGGAACAUGGCUAUUCAAUACGACUCUAGCGAUUCAUUAAGUGAUACUGAUGGUCCAUGUGACUCGCGUCUCGUAAGCACUCAAGCAUCUGAUUAUGAGGGUGGAAUGAGAUUGGAAACCACCAGUCCUUCCGGGUUGAGGAAUUCAAGAGAGAUGGUGAAGCCAGCUUAUAGUUUGUUGAACUAUCGAGCUUGUCCCAUAUCUCCUGAACAGAGACAUGUGAACUGUAAAGUUGCUUGUUCACAGCCUCAUCCGGGUGUUGUGUUAAAUACUUCAGACAGCUCAGUUUCAAGUCCUUCUAGAAGCCCAUCAAGACUUUUUUGUGAGCGGGCCACAGAACAUGGUUUCUGGCCAGGAAUGCAGCAUGCAGAAGUACCUUUACAAGGACUUGGACAGUCCCCGGUCCCUGGUUCUGUACACAAUUCCCGAAACAAUUCCUUUACGGAAGAUAUCUCUUCUCAGCUCCUUUGGCCGAAUUGCAGGUGUAGUCCAGAGUGUUCCCCGGUGCCCAGCCCUCGAAUGAUGAGCCCUGGUCCUGGCUCGAGGAUACAUAGUGGUGGGGUCUCGCCUCGUCAUCCUCCGGCGGGGGCAACCGCAGCUGAGCCUUCUGCAGCCCGGCCCGAUGACGGGAGGAACCGGAGCCACCCAUUGCCUCUACCUCCACUGCAAAUAUGUAAUCCUUCUCCGUUUAUUCCAUGUUAUUCACCAGCGACAUCACCAAAGCUUCCACGGAGUCCUGGUAGGACUGAUAACCCUUCAGGCUCUGCUUCACACUGGAAAAAAGGACGACCACUUGGAAGAGGAACAUUUGGACAAGUUUAUUUGGGUUUUAAUAGCGAAAGUGGUGAGAUGUGUGCCAUGAAGGAGGUUACAUUGUUCUCUGACGAUUCUAAGUCGAAGGAAAGUGCUCAGCAACUUGGACAUGAAAUUUUACUCUUAAGUCGUCUACGUCAUCCAAAUAUUGUGCAGUAUUAUGGGUCAGAGAUGGUAGAUAACAAACUAUACAUAUACCUUGAGUAUGUAUCUGGUGGUUCUGUUCACAAAAUUCUACAAGAUUACGGGCAGUUGGGUGAAGCAGCAAUCAGAAGCUACACCCAACAGAUUUUAUCUGGGCUGGCUUAUUUGCAUGCCAAAAAUACAAUUCAUAGGGACAUCAAAGGAGCAAAUAUUCUUGUUGACCCCAAUGGGAGGGUAAGAUUGGCUGAUUUUGGGAUGGCAAAACAUAUAACUGGGCAUUCCUGUCCAUUGUCGUUCAAGGGAAGUCCAUACUGGAUGGCGCCUGAGGUCAUAACAAACUCGAGCAGUUGUAACCUCGCGGUGGAUAUAUGGAGCCUCGGGUGCACUGUUUUGGAGAUGGCCACUGCAAAACCACCUUGGAGCCAAUAUGAAGGGGUUGCUGCCCUAUUCAAGGUUGGAAACAGCAAGGAACUUCCGGAAAUUCCGGACCACCUAUCAGAUGAAGGCAAGGAUUUUGUACUGAAAUGCUUGCAGAGAAAUCCCAGUCGUCGACCGACAGCCGCUCAGUUACUGGAGCACCCCUUUGUUAAAAAAUGUAGUUCAUUGGAAAGACCAGUUCCAGGGCCCUUAGAAUCCAUUCCUGCAUUCAUGCAAGCAGUCAAAACACGGGGAUCUGGACGCUCUAGAAUUUCUCCCUAUUUAGACUCUUCUGAGGCUGUCACUCCAUCCGAAAGCCCGAAGUUUAAAAAAGGACGAGUUUCCCCUGCUCCAUCUGGUGCUUCGACUCCACCAGGUGGCAGCACCAAGGCUACUGCUAGUCCGCCAUACCAUCUAAACACAACAAGUCAGUCGAGCAAGCCUAAAAUAUUUCGUGGGUUUCUUCAGAAGGCUCAUUCAUCGGUGGAUAAACUCUCGCGUGGAAUUGACUUUUUUGAACAAGAGUUCGAAAGGCCCAUUGCACAGAAAGAGAAGUUAUAUGACACGCAUAUGAUGUUAGCCGAUCGGGUGUCACCACAACUGUCUGGUAAUCUCGUGACACAUCGACCAAAGAAGAUAGAGAGGAGUCGAUAUUUUUUCAAGAGAGAAACUCCAGCUGCUAACUAUACCUUGAUGCUUGACCUUGACUGGUGA